AUGGCUGCGGAAUCCGAGAGGCUGCCUCACCUUAAUGGUGCCUCUGGAUCGUCCAAAGGCGCCAAGGAUGCAGAGGCGGCAUCGGAUGCUGUGCAUCGGUCGACCAGCGAAGGUGCUGCAACUGAGCGCUCUUCCGUUAAAUCCCAGUCACAGCCCAUGUCCCAGGUGCCCAGGCUCUCUCCAAAUAUUUCCAACCCUUCCGCACCGGCAUCCGCUACAAACUCCGCCGUCCCCUCUCGCGAAUCCUCCCCGGUCCGAUUUUCCUCACGUCCCGUUAAUCACUCCCCGACCCGACUGUCCUCUCAGUCCCGAAAGGCUAGUCAAGACCGAUCAAGCCCGACCCGAACCUCAAACGGCCCAACAUCUGUUCCACCGGGAUACAAUACAACUUCCAAUUCACAGCGUUCAUCCUCCUCUCCUGUGAACCCUCUCGUCCUCUCCGCGCCUCUCGAGACGCUGGCCAAUGUUGCCAGUCCAGAAAAGUCUAACAUGCCAUCAUGGGCUGGGAGCCGUCGCACAGAUUUGGAUCCGGCUGUUGCGAAUACGUCACUUAAGAGGGCGUCGCCCACGGAGGAACCCGCCACAAAGGUCGAUCGAAGCACGCCUCGGGCUGCCACUAGGGGCACCAGUGGUCAAGGGUCUUCUUUGGAAACAGUUGAAGAGAUGGCUAGCAAUCCUUCAACCCCAUCCAGUGAAAGUGCCCUCAAGCCGGUCACCGCGGAGGAGGCUCGGCUGCACCGGAUUGAUGAAAACCCAACUUCGCGUUCUUUGCAGCAAAAUACAGGGAGUGGCAGUGAUAGUGGAGACACUCGAAGCUCUACCGCAACGGCAAAGGAGGAGCCUCGCUCUCAAGCAUCUGGAGCAACGAAACCGCCUGGAACACUUAUGCCAAAGCAAUCAACAACAUCUCUUAGCGCCGGUGCUCGCGGAAAGCCUGCAGACGGGUCGGUCCGCAACAUGACCGUCGAAACGGAGACUGUUAGCUCCAUCCCACAAGUCUCCCUAGGCGUGGGCGCGGGAGAACGAGGCAACACUUCUCGUGCUGACCAAGGUACACUUCGCAUGAAGCCUUCCACGGAAACAAUUCGUCCACGCAAAGAAAAGAAGAAGCAUCGCCGUCCCAACAAUAUUCAAACGGGGCCAGCAACCAGCAAAGCGGACAUCUUCGAAGCUAAAGUGGCUAAUGCGGUGGACGAGGCUGAUGUUUCGGAUUCUGACGAAACUUUCGUUUACGAGUCUAAUCCACCGGACCCCUUUCCUUCCCGACCCUCUCGUUAUCACUCCCGGACGCCUAGUGCAACAUCCAUGGCCAGUCAAGUGGACCAGCUGGCUGGUCGUGCACGAGGAAUGCGGGACGGCUCUCAUAGCGUAACCAGCAAGCGGAGCAUGAAGUUCACCAACAAUCCCUACAACAGUAGUAUUGACGGCGAUGGUCCUGAUGUUGAGCUAAGUCGCAAUGGUUCCAGAGUCAGUGGAAGCGGAACCAUCACCCCACGACACCACAACAUCGGCCGCCACGUCCGGAACGGUGUACCCGCGGGUCUCUUCGAUAACGAAAGCACACCUUUCCCCCAAUCACAAUCACAACCUAAAUCCCCAAGGCAUUUCAUCGGGAGUGGAUAUCGGCACUCGCGUCACAGCAAUACUCGUUCCUCGCCCAAUUACAAAACCAUCAAUGGCACCAAGAAGGCUGGUGAGGUGUUCGGCUAUGACUUUGACGCAGAAGGCGCCGACGAUGAGCGCACUCCUUUGGUUGGGACGCCACGUCAAGUCCGCAGUCGGCAUGGCCGCAGACCUAACAGCGCAAGUCUGCGGCAAAUGGAGUACAUGGCACAGCGCCAGCGCGGAUAUUUCUCCCAAUUUGGCUCAUGUGCCAUUAUACUUCUUUUAUUGGUCAUUGUGGCAGGUGGUGCCACAUCGUUCAUUGUGGCGGCCACCCAGCCUUUAUUGGAUGUCCAAGUUGUUGCUAUUCAAAACGUGCUCGCGUCAGAACAAGAAAUCAUGUUGGACCUGAACGUGGAAUCGGUCAAUCCAAAUCUGUUCCCUGUCACAAUCGAGGAUACUGAUAUCAAUAUCUUCGCCAAGAGCCGCUUCGUCGGCACUGACAAGCUUUGGCGCGACCAUGGUGACCUGGAUGGUUUCCCGCGUGUCGAACAAAGUCGGCAGCGCUGGCAGCUGUCGCAGACUGUGCGCUGUCUUGGAAGUGUGGACUGUAUGAAAGAAGCCAUGUCAGGCCAUUCAAACGGCGGCGUCGACAAAGGAACAGACCCACCAACGGACCCAGAGGGCGAUUCUCAAACCAUGCUCCUUGGUCGUGUGUUCCACUUCGAUUCCCCCCUAUCGUUUGAGUCCUCCCCAUGGAACCAUUUCACCUCCGGUUCGAAGGGACAGAUUCGCCUAACCCGACCCGGUAACAAAACCGAGGAAGGAGGCACAGAGCGCUGGGAACGUGUCCUACAGCAUCCAUUUGAGCUGAUCGUCCGUGGCGUCGUCAAAUACCAGCUCCCACUGAGCUCCCAUUACCUGUCAGCAUCCAUCAGUUCCAGCGUCAAGUACGUCCCAGAUGAUGAGGACACGAACCCCAAACACCCACCUAGCAACGACACAGCCCGCAUCACCCUGGCGAAAAAAGCCACAGCCCCUAUCCGUCUCCCACUCUCUAAAACUCCAUCUUCCACGCCCGAGUCCGGUACAAGACGACCUUUUACGGCAUAA